AUGAAGAUUCUCUAUAUGGGGGUUCUUCGGAACGAUUCUCAACCUGCCAUUCAACUGUGCGGAGAGAAGGACCUUACCAGCUUUUCUCGGUUCACUCGCCAGAAUUAUGAGGAGUUCAUGAUGCUGUUCACCAAGACGGUCGCCGAGCGCACAAAGCCCGGGCAACGUCAGGAUAUCGAGGAGAAAUCGUACACGUUUCACGCUUACGGCCGCACCGAGGGUGUCGCCGGUGUCAUCGUUACCGACGGCGAAUAUCCCGCUCUCGUGGCGCAUCAGCUUCUGUCCAAGAUUGUCGACGAGUUCCUCGCCAAACACCCCCGCACAUCGUUCUCGGACCCCUCUCUUCGUGAGAACGCCUGUCCUCUGCCCCAACUGAAGGACUAUAUUGUCAAAUAUCAGGACCCCAGCCAGGCCGACAGCAUCAUGAAAAUCCAGCAGGAGCUGGACGAGACGAAGAUUGUUUUGCACAAGACGAUUGAGAGCGUCUUGGAACGUGGCGAAAAGAUCGACUCCUUGGUCGCCAAGAGUGAUGGCCUGUCGGCCCAAAGCAAGAUGUUCUAUACCCAGGCCAAGAAGCAGAACUCUUGCUGCAUUCUCAUGUAG